AUGACGAUGACUUUGGCGACUUUGGCGAUUUCGGAGAGUGUACCAAUACCUGGUCCAUCAUCACAACAUUGGCGUCCAUUACAAUUGUGCCCUUUCCCCUCACGAUCGAGUCUGGAAAGCGAGAUCAAUGAAACCUUGGCUCCAGUAUGGAAUCACGAAGAUAUUGCGGACAUUACCACAGAUGAGGCUAUCCGGGAAGCGGAAGGUGUCGCCCAAAUAUUGUUAGCACCAAGCAGUCGUGAUAUGUACAAAAUGUUGUUGCAAACACCCCCGCCCACAAAACCUCCAAAUUGGACGCGCUCGCGUAUCCGACGCCAACAUUUGAUUACCCUAGGAAUCCCCGUCAAUCUUGACGAGGUUCUCCCUCGUGCGAAUGGAAAACCUUUACCCCCACUCGAAAUACACACUCGUCCGAUGUCCGCUCCGCCAGGCGGACCUCGCGAUCAGCGGUAUCCUAACGGUGGAAGUAGCUCCAAUCACAAUUCGAGAGCGGGGACUCCACAACCCGGACAACAAGGCAAAUUUGCGCAAUUUGGGCCUAAGCCUGAGCUGGACAUGUCGAGAAUCAACAAACUGUUGCAAUUAACUCAUGAAUCGCUGACGAUGCAGCCACUGGCCAAUCUGGACCGUUAUCUCGCUGAUAUUCGAACGCAAACGGCAAACACAUCGAGCCUGCUGACAUACCUUUUGCAAACCCGUGAUGUCCUCCAGCAGGACUCCGAAACAUACAAUGGUCUGAUCGCUGAAAUGGUCGGGGAGGCUCAAAAGUUGAAGUCUGGGAAGCUCUGGAAAUAUCUAGCCAAACUUCGCUUAUUGGAACGAGGACUUUUGGAAGCUGCCCAAGGCAUCGACGAUAUCAGAUUGCGCGUUCGUCGCAGAAGGGCGAAGGAUGGUGAUCAAGGAGAUGACGACGCCUUUCCUGAGGAAGAUAUGCAUGGUCAACCGGAUGAAACCCCCCAUGAAUUCAUUGCAAGAAUAAACCUCUAUGUUGCGGUCCACCUCGCAAGGUCUCCCAAGAACACACGCGAUUCCUACAAAGACGCACCCAUAUACCAAGCGAGAAAGGACGCAAUCAAUGAUUUCUUGAAGACCUGCAUAACCAAGAAGUGCCAAAACAGUGAUUGUGGAUCUGUGGCGUAUACGUACCGAAAGGAAGGACAUAUCAAGAUAAUUGAAUAUGACCUUUCUGCACGUCAAAAGGGUCAGUUAACUCGAAAGAGACCCGAUGUCCUUCUCGCAGAGAAAGCUGGGUUAUUCCCCCUUCUUUCCAACUCCCGAAAGCUGCCAGCUGCUGGGGAAGAUGCCGAAAUGGGAUCGGAAAAGGAAGAUGGAGAUGGAGACUGGGAUGAAGAUGAGGAAGGUGAAGGAGAAGAUGUCAUGAGUGACGCGGAAAAGAAGGCAGCAGAUUCACUCCCCAAGGCUGCAAACGGCAGAAUCAAGUCGAAACGAGGGCGCAACGAACGUGUUAUGGCUCCGGAGGAAUGCCGCGCGCAUCUGCGACGGCUGUUCCAUAAUGAGGCUAUCAUGUGCGCCCUGAUAUUUGGGCGACAUGGUGCAUUUGCACCACUUUCUCCCGACCAGAUCUCGUUUGCAUCUGCGGACAUGUUUUUCAUGGAGGUAAUUCCUGUAUCACCCACGCGUUUCAGACCCCCAGCGAAGAUGGCCGACACUCUCUUCGAGCAUCCUCAAAACGAAUUGCUUGCCAAGGUUUUGCAGACAUCAUAUCGCAUGCGAGAUAUGAGCGUUAGCCUUCGGGAAGCAUCGCAGAAGGGUCCUAACUAUGACGAGGCCGCUCGGAAAACAAUCAUGUCGGCGCUUCUCGACCGGUUGGUUCAACUUCAGAUCGAUGUCAACAGCUAUAUGGAUAGCAGCAAAAACCCUCAAAUUGUGCGUCAGGGCAAGUUACCUCCAGCUGGUGUGAAGCAAGGUCUGGAAAAGAAAGAGGGUCUUUUUAGGAAGCAUAUGAUGGGAAAGCGAGUAAACUAUGCCGCCCGAUCUGUCAUCUCCCCCGAUGUUAACAUCGAACCAAACGAAAUUGGCAUCCCACCUGUAUUUGCCAGGAAGCUGACAUUCCCAGAGCCUGUAACCGCGGCAAAUUUCCAUGAAAUGCGCCAACUUGUUAUCAAUGGUCCUCACGUAUAUCCAGGUGCCUCCAUGGUUGAAUAUGAGAGCGGCGAGCAGCAGUCACUGGAUAAAAUGACCGUCGAGCAGCGCACUGCAAUCGCAAACCAGCUGCUGACACCUCACGAAGGGGACAGAGCAACUUCAGGCAAGCAUAGCCUGACGACACGAACUGCGGCCGUUAAUAAGAAGGUUUAUCGACACUUGCGGGAUGGCGAUAUUCUCAUUCUGAACCGUCAACCUACACUACAUAAACCAAGUAUGAUGACACACAAAGCCCGAGUGUUGAGAGGCGAGAAGACCAUCCGCAUGCACUAUGCCAACUGUAACUCCUACAACGCUGAUUUUGACGGAGAUGAGAUGAACAUCCACUUUCCCCAAAAUCAUGUUGCUCGUGCCGAAGCCAUGAUGAUAUCCAAUACAGACAAUCAGUAUCUGGUACCUACAUCAGGGAAUCCUAUUCGUGGCCUUAUUCAAGAUCAUGUCGUUGCGGGGGUUUGGAUGACGUGCCAGAAUUCAUUCUUCGACCGUGAGGAAUACUUCCAGCUAAUAUAUGGUGCACUUCGCCCAGAAGACGAGAUCGAUCCUGGCACGCGCCUGCUUACCCUUCCCCCUACCAUUUGGAAGCCAAUGCCGCUGUGGACAGGUAAACAAAUCAUUUCAACCGUCCUCAAGAACGUCACUCCCAGUCAAUACGAAGGUCUUAACAUGGAAGGGAAGACCAAGGUGCCAGGAAGGCUCUGGGGCGCAGAUUCCAAAGAGGACAAAGUCAUCUUCAUGGACGGCGAAUUAUUAUGUGGUGUGCUGGAUAAAGCGGCAUUUGGAGCCUCUGACUACGGUCUCGUACACUCCGUUUACGAGUUAUACGGGCCCGAUGUUUCUGGCAAGCUCCUCGGUAUUCUCAGCAGACUCUUCACCAAGUUCCUACAGCACCGCGCCUUCACAUGUCGCAUGGAUGAUCUAAUGCUCACUCCAGCAGGCGAUGAGAGCCGGGACGACCUCUUACAGAAGGGCAAAAACCUCGGUUUGGAUGGGGCAAUCGAAAAUUUCCCGUCACUCGGCACAGCAUCUAAAGCCGAUAUUCCUGAUGCCCUUCGAGCAUUGCUUGAGGAUGUACUACGGGACGACAACAAGAUGGCCGGUCUGGAUAUGACCGUGAAGACGAAGCUAUCAAAAUUGACAAGUUUCAUUUCUGAUGCAUGCCUACCAGCUGGUCUCUUGCGCCAAUUCCCUUAUAACCACAUGCAAACCAUGACCCUAUCCGGCGCAAAAGGUUCUGCAGUCAAUGUCCGACAAAUCUCUUGCGCCCUUGGGCAACAAGAACUUGAAGGCCGUCGUGUGCCUGUGAUGGUUAGCGGGAAAACUCUUCCUUCAUUCCGUCCUUUCGAAACGAAAGCGAUAGCAGGCGGCUAUGUCGCCAGCCGGUUCUUGACUGGCAUCAAACCUCAAGAAUUUUAUUUUCAUUGUAUGGCUGGACGAGAAGGUCUUAUCGAUACUGCUGUGAAAACUUCGCGUUCUGGAUACCUUCAAAGGUGUCUGAUCAAGCAUCUAGAAGGCCUUCGCGUGCACUAUGACAACACUGUACGAGGAAGUGACAAUUCGGUAUACCAGUUCACCUACGGAGGAGACGCACUGGACGUUACGAAGCAGAAGCACCUCUACCAAUUCCCCUUCAUUGCUCAAAACAAUGUUUCCUUCGCUCGUCGGCUGAAGCCUUACCAGGUCUCUGACGUGGUUGAUCAAGGGACGGCCGUCGCGUACAUGAAGAAGACGUUCAAGCGUUCUGCUGAUCGCCCGGACAAACGGAAACCCUCCAAGCGAGACAAGUAUGUCCCCGCGUUGUCCGUGUACAACCCUUCACGGUAUAUGGGCAGCACAUCGGAGAAAUUCGCAGCUGCAGUGGACGAAUAUGUCAAGUCAAACUCCCAUCAACUCCUCGCUGACGCCAAUUCUACGUCGAAAUAUCCCAGUCGAAGAAAGCGUAUGGACCCGAGAGAUUUCCGCCUCCUCAUGAAUCACAAGUAUAUGCGAAGUCUAGUCGAGCCAGGCGAAGCUGUUGGCCUGUUAGCAUCACAAGGCAUUGGCGAGCCUUCUACUCAGAUGACAUUGAACACCUUCCAUUUCGCUGGGCACGGUGCCGCCAAUGUGACUCUCGGUAUUCCCCGCUUGCGAGAAAUCGUUAUGACAGCGUCCCAGAAGCCAAAGACGCCAUCGAUGACGAUGAAGAUACGCUGUGGUGUAUUGCUCCAAGACAUCAGCUUGUUCUGCAAACGGGCGAGUCGGGUCAAUCUAUCACAGCUGGUUGAUAACGUCACGGUUUAUGAAACAUUGCAAGUCGCAGGACAAGCUCGUCGCACUCAAUUCACGGUGGAUAUCAACUUCUAUCCCAAGGACGAGUAUCAAGAGGAGCACGACGUUGAUCCGCUAGAGAUUCUCUCGGCUUUCGGUGUUAAGUUCCCUUUGACGCUGAAGAAGGAGAUGCUUGCAGAAAUGAAGAAGUUGGAUGCUGAUCUGAAGACCCAAAUGGCCCAGCUGGGACAAGGCAAAAAAGUCAAGUCAAAAGAUGGCGAGAGCAACGAAGAAGAGGAAGAACCUGUGGUAGACAGGAGGGGCGAUGACGAAGGGAGUGAAGUCGGCGAUGGCGACGCGGAAGAUGCUAAGCAUGCUCGACAAAGGAAGCAAUUGGCAACGUAUGAUAGUGACGAUGAGGAAGAAGAGACCACUGGCGCGUACGAUGAUGAUGCUCUUGAAGCGAAAUUUGCAACUCCAGAGGAGACCCCGGCUCCGCCAAUCAAAAAACUGAAAUCGCCGUCAUUUAAGACUCGUGUGGCUCACGUAGCUGAUCUCUUCCAAAGGCACAUGCAUCAGUGUACCUCUUUCGAUUUCGAACCCGAGAAAUGCACAUUCAAGAUCGAGUUCCCUUCCGAUAUGCCCAAACUCUUGUUUGUUGGGAUCAUAGAGCGCGUCUGCCGAACCACAGUAAUCCGAGAGAUCCCAGGGAUCUUAGAGUGUUUCCAAGUCAAAGAGGACAGCAAGAAGGGAGGCGAGCCUGUAAUCAAGCUCACAACCAAUGGAUCCAAUCUCAGAGGAAUGUGGGAAUUUGCAGCUGGUUCGGAUGAAAGUAUACUGGAAGACGAGCACAUCUACUCCAACGACAUCUACUCCAUUCUCAAAACGUAUGGCGUUGAGAUGGCUCGAGCCGCAAUACUGAAGGAGAUGGCAGGCAUCUUCGCGGUGUACAACAUCGACGUGAACAGGCGGCACCUGGAACUGAUCGCUGACUAUAUGACUUUCGAUGGUGGUUAUAAGCCAUUCAAUCGCAAGGGUAUAUCCACAAACCCCUCGCCUUUGCUGAAGGCUUCGUAUGAGACGACUGCUGCAUUCCUCUCUGACGCGACACUCUACGGAGACUUUGACGACCUGACGACGCCUUCGGGAAACAUUGUUCUAGGAAAACCCAAUGCGACCGGAACGGGAGUCUUUGACGUUGUGAUGCCAACAGGCCAUUUGGAGCUGCCACUCGAACAAUUUAUCCCUUCUAACCCCAACCUUUCCGCCAAACCGAUAAGAGGCAGCAAGAGGCCACAUUCUCCUGGAGACCCGAAUCUCUUCAGUCCCGCAAAGCGCAGAAUUUUAGAGUCGGAGGGCCUCCUCUCUCCCAGCAAGUCUCGCAAGACCCUUCUCUUCUCUCCCAGCAUAUCCCCUUCACGCUUCAGCGAUGUGUUAACUGGCCCCGCGAGCCCUGCGCGAGUCUUGGACUUUGGACUCCCGAAGAACGCUGGGGGAGAUCCCGUGAAGCCCUCUACGACAGAUCGAUGUGGACUGGACGCUACUCCGCCUCGCAGAUCAUCGACCAAAUCGCUCGCCCCUUCCCCGGAGCUCAAGCCCAGGAGUGGCCGCAUCACGCGAAACCAUGAUGCUUUCGACGCGUUAUCCGAUGACAAUGGGCGCUCAGAGUCUCCUUCUCCUCCUCCUUCAUCCUAUUCAAGAAGCAACCCCGUACUUGUCCCACGGAUUCUUCCCCCGCAACCAGAUCCUACCUCAAUCCAUUAUCCCGGCUUCGUUGUCUUUCAGGAUCCUCAUUUGGUUGUUUUUCCGCCCUCGUCCGACCAUGAUGAAGUCGGUGCUGACGUAAACAUGGAAAGCGAUAAGCCCAAGGAGAAUAUGCCGCCUCGCAAGGUCAAGAAAGCCACCAUGAUCUCCAGUGGUUCAGUCGAGAGUGACAUGCCUGCCAAGAAAUCGUCUUCGGACGAUAGUUGGAGUCCCUUCGUCGACAUCAAGACUCCGUGGCGCAAGAAGCUCCAGACGGGCGAUGAUGGACGGCCUCGACCUUGA